AUGCCGCCCGGUCCACGUCCAAUGCGGGCACCCUCUCGGCUUCCACUUCCCACUCCCUUUGCUAGUAGCCACCACCAUCAGCGACGACUCCUCUUUCACGUGCUGCAGCGGACAUCGAAUGCACUCCGGCCGUCUCAGGAGCUGCACCGACUCUUGCACCAACCAUUGCGGCCUCCCUUUUGCCAGCACAGAUCCUACACUCUUUCGACUCUGGCAGCCUCGGGUCAGACAUUUCGUCGUGUCGUCCAUGGUGUCGUCGCCUCAUCUCCCAACACCCUCACAUCCCUCCCUUGCUCUUUGAUGCCUACCUCGACCUCAGCUUCAGCCUCGCCGUUGGUCCGGCGCGCCUUGCAUGCAACAGCCUCACGCCGCGACAACUCCAACGCCGAUGCUAUGGCCGCGGACCACAAGAACAACAAGAAGGCCGGUGGCCCGCCCAAACCGCCCAGCAUCCCGGCCCCCAGUGCCAGCGUCGUCGUCAUCUCCCCCCAGAACGAGAUUCUGCUGUUGCACCGCCGACAGUCGGGCACAUUUUCGUCGGCCCACGUCUUCCCGGGUGGCAACCUCAGCCCCUUCCACGAGGGCAGCACGACCCCGGCCGUUGACAGGCCUGAGCGCCACGUGGAUGGGCCGGCGUACCGCAUGGCCGCCGUCCGCGAGACCUUUGAAGAGAGCGGCGUGCUGCUGGCGCGGGCGGCCGGCCAGGCGGCAGCGGCGCCCACCGAGAACCGCGCACUCCUUCAAGUCGAAGAGGCGGCAAGCAAGACGGCGCGCGUCGGCGUGGCCAACGACAAGGUCCGCUUCGAGGACUGGCUAGCAAGUGUUGGCGGGAUUGCUGACUGUGAAAACUUGAUACCCUUCACGCGUUGGUUGACGCCGCCCAACCUCAAACGCCGGUACACGACGCAAAUGUACCUGUAUUUCCUGCCCCUCGUCGACCAUACAAAGACGACGUCUGCGGCCGGUGCCGCCGCCGGUAUGGACAGCAACAGCAACAACAGCAACAAAAACGGCGGCGCGUCUGCCGACCAGACCGAGGUCACCGAGGCCACGUGGGCCAGCGCCGCGACCUGGAUCGGCCGGGCCCGCAACAACGACAUCAUCCUCUUCCCGCCCCAGCUCUACAUCCUGUCGCUGCUGGCACCCCUCCUCCAGGGCCCCGCCGCCUUGUCGGCCGGCAAUGCCGACGUGUCGCCCGCCGAACAUUACGCCGCCGAGCGGCGCAAGGUCGCCGCGUUCCUCCACGACGGCCCCGCGCCCGGCGAGGACAAGGCCACAUUUGUGCCCUGGGCCGACCGCGUCAUCAGCCCCCGCGUCGCUGGCAAACUGGCCGACGACGCCAGGGGGCGCUCGGUCAUGACCCUCGACUACCCGGGUCCGGAACUGAAGAACAGCGGCCGCGGCGGCGAUUCGUACCGGGUGGUUGUCGUCGGGAACUUGCCGCCCGGUCCUCCGCGCGAUCUGGAACUUGCGUUGCGGGCCGACGUUAUGCCGCAGGUGGUGGCCAAGCCCAAGAUCCAAGCGACGGGCAGGCUGUAG